AUGGGUCCACGCAGACCUCUCCUCGUCGUCCUCUUCCUGGCAGCCAUCGGCACAUUUAUCCUCGUCUCGCGCAGAGGACGGGAUGGAGGACAUAUCACGAAAGUAGAUAGCUGGAUCCGCCCGGGGGCUUUAGAAGCCGCCAAAGGAAUCCAGGGACCGGCUUGCUCGCAGGAUCUGGAGUGGAUGGAACCGUUUCAGUUCUCUCACCCGAUCAAAUUUCUCUCCCGCGACAUCAUCGCUGUCCCAGCAGCGCACGGAGAACGGCCGUCUCUCUCCAUCGUGGGAGAACCUCUGUUCAGCGACCAUGCGAUAGUGGACUUGGCGAAAUCUACCAAAUUAGUUGUCUCGAAAUGUCUGCCGCCGCUACAUCUCGAAGUGCCCCAAGUCAAGUUACCGCCAGUGGAUGCUUCAAAUAUGAUUUUCGGACUACAAACGACCAUUGGCCGACUCAAGGAUACAGUCAAGCAUCUCGCGCGCUGGCUACCUCACACAGGUGCCAGGCUCUUUGCUAUCGUCAUUGAGAACGAGGAGACACCUGCUGGCGAAGAAGAUAUGGCUAAGCUCGAGGCCGAUUUCCACGACCUUGGCAUGGAUGUUACAGUUAUCCACCCAGUCCGUCCAAUUGACCUUUUCGCCCAGCGAUACUUCUCACUUGUGAAUGUCAUGUACAGUGCUCGUAACGAAAAGACCGAAUGGAUUAUUACCAUCGACGAUGAUACCUUCUUCCCCAGCAUGCACGACCUGCAGGCCCUCCUCAAACACCACGACCCCCGCAAACCGCAAUACAUUGGCUCCCUGAGCGAAGAUUGGUGGGCAGUAAACCACUACGGCCUCAUGGGCUUCGGCGGCGCAGGGAUCAUGAUUUCCCUUCCCCUAGCAAAAAUUAUCGAUGACCACCGCGAUGAGUGCAAAGAACACCCUCGCACCACAGCUGGAGACAUCACAAUUAUGGACUGUGUGUACCGCUUCUCCUCGACGAAACUCACCCACGUCCCUGGACUCCACCAAGUCGACAUGCAUGGCGACUUGUCGGGUUUCUACGAAUCAGGCCGCGAAAUGAUCUCUCUGCAUCACUGGAAAGAAGGAUCCGCGACAGGAUUCAAGCUCGAGAUGGAGAAAAUGCAUCUCGUAGCCGAUAUUUGCGACUCAUGUUUCCUGCAGCGCUGGCAAUUCCCCAACGAGCUCAUCCUCUCUAACGGCUUCUCCAUCGCAUACUACCCCAAAUACCAGAUAUCCGGCCAAAAAUCCGGACUUCUUGGAAUCGGUAUGGGAAGCGGAGAGGCGCAGAAGAUCAACCUGGAAGAGAUGGAGCAUACGUGGGGUGACGAUAUCAAUGUUUUGCAUUCGCUGGCGCCGACACGCGAGAAGAUGGCGGAGGAUGCGAAAAUGAGUUAUAAGUUGUUGGAUAGCUUUAAGGUGGCCGACGGUGUGGUGAGACAGGUAUACUUUAGAGAAGGGGGUGUUGAUAAUCAGGAUACGGUCAUGGUUUUGAAUUGGAAGGCGGCGGGGGCAGUAUUGGGGAGAUCGGAAACGAAAAGCGUGUGA